AUGAUUGUACAUGAUUUAAUAAUCGACCUAGGAUUGCCACUUUCUAUUGUUGAUCAUCCAGCAUUUGUACGUGCAAUGAACACCAUUGAUCCAAGAUUCACUGUCUUAUCUCGGCGUACACUUUGUCGUGAAGCACUACCAUCUGCUCUUGAACAGGUCAUGGUGAAAGUAAAACAAGCAUGCGAUGAUGCAAAAUUCGUUGCACUCACUCUAGAUGUAUGGUCUGAUCGUAGAAUGCGAACAUUUAUUGCAAUCACAAUGCAUACUAUUGCAAAAAACGACGAUAGCUUCCAAAACUAUCUGCUCACUUUUCAACCUCUUUCAGGACCACAUACAGGUGAAAGUUUACGUCGUCAACUUGAAGGCGUUAUAGCUACUUUCAAUAUUGAAGACAAGGUGGUGUGGAUAGUCACGGACAACGCAUCAAACAACUUGAAGGCGUUCGAUGAACUUAUAAUACCAGGAUUUGAAGUUUAUUUUGAACUUGAAGACGACGAUGACGAACAUGACGAAGAAACAGAGAAGGUGGAAUGUGAAGAAAAACGUGAGCAAACAAACUUAAGUGGUCAAGAAGAACGUCUUCGUAUACCAUGCUUCUCUCACAUUCUCCAACUCACAGUUGCUGACGGGUUGAAAGGGUGUGGUAAUGCAACAUCUGCUCUUACUAAAGUUGCGACGAUUGCAAAACUAAGUCAUAAAUCAACAAUAUUUGCUGAACACUUGCAACGAGAACAAAUCAGUAUUCCAUUACCCGUGAAGACGCGCUGGAAUUCACAACAUCAUACUAUUUGCAAAGUUCUUGAUAUUUCCCACACAUUGCUCAACGAUCUUCUUCGGAAUGUUGGUCGAAUUGAUCUUGUUUUAACGGCUCGCGACAUCAUUAUACUCAAAGAAUUUGCAAGCAUUUUCGCAUUAUUUGUCGAAGUCACAACUCGUACACAAAUUGAAAACUCUGCUUCAAUCUCGUUGGUAGCACCUAGUAUUCUUUCAAUUUACUUUGAUCUUGAACGAGAGGUACGUAAUUGCAAAUAUCUUGAAUCAUUAUGUCUAACACUUCUUAUUUCUUUGCAUGAGCGUUUCGGUAGACUACUAGAACGGUGUGAAAUUUUCUCCGAUAAUAAUAUGAAGAUUAAGAAACGUUCUACUAGUGAUCUUUAUUUAAUCGCUUCUUUUCUGGAUGGUCGUUUCAAACUCAAAUGGGUGCUUGCAUCAGAUUUAUCCGAAUCGACAAAAAAACGAACAUCAAACAUGAUCAAGACACUGGUAUUAAAAGCGGCGUUGCAGCUGCACGAUACAACGAGUGAUCCAGUCGAAAGCACCAUUGAAUCAUCGACUAUUGAAUGCUGCACAAAUGACGAUGACAAAAUGAAUAAUACACCAAGUUUCAAGCGCAAACGACUUUUUUCUGGCUACGAAGGACAAAAAACAUCAAUGAAUAAGAAGCGUUCCUACGUCUCUGAAUCGAUUGAAAAUGAAAUUUCGAUGUUUGAGAAGGAAAAUUGUAAUGAUGCUCGUCUACUCUUUGUAAAGAAAGAUUCUUAUCCAAACUUACAUCUACUUGCUACAAGAGUACUUUGUGUACCGGCUACCUCCGCUCCACACUGA